GUUAAGGAUUAGAAACUUGAAAAAAAAAAAACAAGGAUUGGGUUGCGCCGUAGAUAUGAAAGAGUAUACAAUAAUGAUGUAUUUGGUGAAUCAAAUACCAUGGUCUAAUAAAAAUUCUGAUUAGUUGAUAAUAUUGGUUGAUAACUUUGUGAAAGAUUCUGUGAAAGGUUUUAUUAACUCCUAAUUCAUGUCGAGUAGACCUUAUUGUUGUGAGAAUUCUUAAUUCAUGAGUUGUAGGGAGGGACUUAUGUCACCUGAGCGAGAGACUAAAGCAAGUGUUGGGUUCGGUGGUGUUAAAGAUUAUAAAUUGACUUAUUAUACUCCGAAUAUGAAACCAAAGAUCGAUAUCUUGGCGACAUUCAGAGUAACUCCUCGACUGGAGUUCGCACGAGGAAGCGAGGCUGGCAGCAUGAAUCUUCUUGGUACAUGGACAACUGUGUGGGCCGAUGGGCUUACCGGUCUUGAUCGUUAUAAAGGACGAUGCUACCACAUUGAGCCCGUUCUUGGGAGAAGAAAAUCAAUUUAUUGCUUAUGUAGCUUACCCUUAGACCUUUUGAAGAAGGUUCACAUUACUAACAUGUUUACUUCCAUUGUGGGUAAUGUAUUUGGGUUCAAAGCCCUACUGGCGCUAAAUGCGGAGGAUUUCAGAAUCCUCACUGCUUAUACAAAACUUUCCAAGGGCCUUCAUGGCAUCCAAGUUGAGAGAGAUAAAUUGAACAAGUAUGGGGCCUCAUUGGGUUGUACUAUUAAACCUAAAUUGGGGCUGUCAUUUAAGAAUACAGUAGGCGGGUUUAUGAAUGUCUGUGGUGGACUUGAUUUUACCAAAGAUGAUGAGAACGUGAACUCCCAACCAUUUAUGCGUUGGAGGCAGAUUCAUUUUGUCUUAGAAGCAAUUUAUAAAGCCGUGAAACAGGGUGAAAUCAAAGGACAUUAUUUGAAUGCUGCAGGUACAUGCGAAGAAAUGAUCAAGGUAUUUGCCGGAGAAUUAGGAGUUCCUAUCGUAAUGCAUGACUACUUAACAGGGGGAUUCACUGCAAAUACUACCUUGGCUCAUUAUUGCCGAGAUAAUGGUUUACUUCUUCACAUUGGAUUGAAGGGAGCAUCUAAAAUAUCAAAAGGAUUUAAUGAAUUCACCAACAUAGCACAUGGCAUUUUAAUCCCAAAUAAGAGAGAGCAAAUCAUAAAAAUUCCAGCAUAA